AUGGGACAGACUGCUUGUGUUGAUACUGGAGUUGGAAGAACAGAAUCGCAAGUGACAGAGUCUACAGAUGUAUUGCAGCGCUUACAGAGUAUUGGACUGGAAAAUAUCACAGCCAAGUAUUUGGAGUAUAAUCGACCCAGUUUACAGAUCGAAGUAAUGAAGUUUACUGCAGUGUUUUUGAGAAUGGUGUACAGUAAUAAUGAGUUCAAAAUAUCUCAACGACUAAGCAAUCAAAUUGUACAACUCAUGCAAUCACCAAGUCGUCAAGUCAAAAUGGCGGCAAGUCAUGAUUGA